AUGAUAAUUCCAAAGUUCGUUGUCGUACUGUUGCUGUUAGGACACACUUAUGCCGGUCCUAUGAAAUUCCAGAUCGAUGUGAAAAAAAACGAACCAUUUGUAUUCAAAUUUGAUGCGGGAGCCAAAGUCGAGGACAAAACGCUUAAACUCGAUGAAAAAGAUCUAGCUCUUUGCAAAGAAAAUGCGAAAACUGAGGCAGCUGACGUAAUCAAAGAUUGCUACAAACAAAGCGUGGACGUCAAAGUGAACUUCGUACUUACAGGCUUGAACGGCCAAACAACAGUGAAAUUUACGCCUGAGAAAAUCUACAAAAUUGAAGUAGCCGCUAUGACUGGAGAAGACAAGGGUCCGAAUGCACCUGCAGCAAACGAUGCAACCUGUAAAAAAGGCAAAGGGUCAAAUUGUCUAACAGUUGUUAGCGAGGCAAAUCCCGUUGAUGUUACUGUUGACAUGAAAGAGGCACCGCGCACUCUGACGCUGGCAGAUAAAAUUGCAGUUACCUUCAACCCGAAAACCGGCUCAGGGGCAGGCGGUGCAGCCAUAGAGGUGUCACUCUCGGCGGCCCUCAUUCUUGUAAACAUGGCUCUCCUAUACCUCACCCAUUAG